UGGUGGGGAAGAUACACGAUAGGGAUAUGCCUUUAGACAUGGACAAUGACGUCUGGCUCAGACAACCGCAGAGAAGAUGAUGGGCACGAUGAGGUGGAUGUGGUCAACUACUUUGCACAUCUUAGCGCAGUCUACGUGGAAGGGGGGAGUGGGGAGGAUGAGCAGGUUGCAGAGCAGGUUGCAGAAAACGUCGAGAACUUUCAGAUUCAUGAUGGCGGUGAUGUGACUUUUGACACGGAUGAUGGGCAAGAUGAGGUGGAUGUGGUCAACUACUUUGCACUUCUUAGCGCAGUCUACGUGGAAGGGGGGAGUGGGGAGGAUGAGCAGGUCGCAGAGCAGGUUGCAGAAGACGUCAACAACUUUGACAUUCAUGAUGACGACGAUAUGACUUUUGGCACGGAUGAUGAAGUUUGCCAGCGAGAGGUAAAGGGUAAGGUUGGUGAGAAGGAGGCUGGCAACUACAUUAACAACAACAACAACAAUAUUAACAGCAACAACGUUGAUGAGAGCGUUGGUGGAGAGGUGGUGGUUGUGGUGGAGGAGAGGCUGGUAAUGGGUGAGAUCGGUGACAAGGGUGGGGAGGCUGACAACACUAACAACAACAAAACGGGAAUCAUGGCAGAGGUGGGGGCAGUGAUGGAGGAGAGGCAGGUGAUGGGCGAGAUCGGUGUGAAGGGUGGGGAGGCUGUCAACAGCAAUAACAACAACAAUAACAACAAUGACGUCGGCGGCAACAACAACGACAAUGAUGGCGAGCAGGGGGUGGGUGUAAUGGGUGAGGCAGUGAUGGAGAAGAGGUUGGUGAUGAGCGAGAUCGGUGUGAAGGGUGGGAAGGCUGUCAACAACAACAACAACAACAACAAUGACGGCGGCAACAACAGCAACAGUGAUGGCGAGCAGGGUAUGGGUGUAAUGGGCAAGGAGGGUGUGGAACAUGACAACAAAAUCUACAACGGUGACGAUAACAGCAAUAACGACUGCAAUAUCAACAACAACAACAACAACAAUUACAACAACAAUCACAAUGAUGGCGGCGAUGAAAUCUACGGGAGCAGCAGGGUAGAGAAGGGUUAUUGUGCCUCCAAACGCCCUGUCUGCAUCAAGGGAGAGACGCUGCCAACAACAAAAGGGGAGGGAAUUAGGACCUUGCUAGGGCUCGCAAAGGAGGGUUUGUGCCUUAUGGGAUUGGGCGAAAUGGGUGGCAAGAGCGCGAGGGAUGACAACAACAUCAACAACGACGGCAACAACAACACUAUCAACAUCGCCAAUAUCAACAACAGAUACAACAACAACAACAACAACAAGAUGUGGGUUUUGUGGUUGAAGGUUGCCACAACAUCAAGAAAGUAGGCAAGAACUAGUAGCUUGGUUGGUCGGGCGAGGUCGGAUUUUAGGUUGAAGGUCAAAACUACCGCUCCCCCCCAUUCCUGCCCGGUGUUUCAUUCUUUGUUUGUUCUUUUUUGGCACCGGCUAGGAGAAGGAUAUAUGCUCUCCCCCUAGUUGAUUAAUGGAUGAUUGGCUUUCAACUCUCAUGCCCUUAACUCGCAUUCACGUGGCUUCAUGAGGGGUUUGAUGAUUACCUUUUGAUUUCACGUUUUUAAUUUUUGAUUCAGGGUGGGGUGAGCUACAUCUCUUACAUGCUAUCAUCUCCACACACCAUUGAAUACGGGAUAAAUGUUUUAUCAACAG